CGGAACCAUAAAAGGAAGAGGAGAAAAAGAGAGAUUGUAUAAAAUCCUUCUCCCUCUCCUCUCUCUCACAACGACCGUUUCCCUUUCCUAUUUCCAUCGCAUGUUCUCUGAGCUCCGGCUCCAUUAAAGGAGCCUAGCUCAUUCCCCAAACUCCAUUUCUUCCUUUAGAUCUAUCUUUCUCCUUCUAUUUCAAUUCUUGCAAUUUGUGGAUCUCGAGCUUUAAUCAAACCAAACGAGAGAGAAAUGUCAAAACCCUGGGGCGGAAUCGGAGCCUGGGCCGCAGAUGCUGAGCGUGCCGAGGCUGAGGAACGGGAGGCGCAAGCUGCUGCGGCCGCCUCCCAAGCAGAAUCGAAGAAUUUCCCUAGCCUUAGGGAAGCUGUUAGCACCAAGCCCAAGAAGAAGAAGAUGUCGCUAUCAGAAUUCACUAUGGGCACCUUGACGGGUCCUGGCGCCGGCGGUAGGCAAACGGAGAGUCAGGGACUGACACCGGAGGAGAUGAUUCGGCUUCCAACUGGUCCGAAAGACCGCUCUGGUGAGGAAGUGCGUUCUGGCCGCCUCGGCGGGGGAUUUCCCACUUAUGAUAGGAACAAUAUGUCUGCUGGUCGAUAUCGAGACCGUGAUGAAGGCGAUGGGUCCUGGGGUAGUGGUCGACGAUCGUAUGGUGGGUUCGAUGAGGAACGCAGGGGUCCAUCUCCUAGGGCUUCCAAUUUCGAUCAACCUUCGAGGGCUGACGAGGUGGAUAAUUGGGCAAUGACGAAGAAAUCUCCCACAUUGGAUUCGGGUCGACAAAAUAGGUAUGGGUCGCUAGGCGGUGGCGUGGGUGGGAUUGCAUCUAGGGCAGACGAGGUCGAUAACUGGGCAAGUGUUAAAAAGCCUAUUCCAUCACGAUCCUCCACAUUUGGUUCUGGUUAUCGUGAGGCAAACGAACCUGAUCGCUGGGGUAGAGGCCGUUCACGUGAUAGUGACACAGAACGACCCCGACUAGUAUUGGAUCCACCUAAAGGUAAUGUCGUUACAAAUGAAGCAACGAGGACGAACAAGCCAAGUCCCUUUGGAGCAGCAAGGCCGAGAGAGGAGGUUUUGGCUGAGAAGGGGUUGGAUUGGAAGAAGCUGGAUACAGAAAUUGAGGCCAAAAGAACCAGUAGGCCAACCAGUGCCCACUCUAGCAGGCCUUCGAGUGCUCAAUCCAGCCGUUCGGAGGGUCCAGGAUUACAGGGCGUAGAAACUGCGGCGAAGCCGAGGCCAAAAGUCAAUCCAUUUGGGGAUGCCAAACCUAGGGAAGUUUUGCUGGAGGAACGUGGCAAGGACUGGCGAAAGAUAGAUCUGCAACUUGAGCACCGUGCUGUUGACAGGCCUGAAACAGAAGAGGAAAAGAUGUUGAAAGAGGAAAUUGAUGUCCUAAGGAAGGAACUUGAGGAAGGCUUAUCUCUGAAUGCUAACAAAGAAUUGGUGCAAGAAUCUGCCGGAGAGAUGCAAAAUCUGCGUGACAAAAUUAAUAAAAAAGAACGUGAACUUGAGAUGCUGAUCCUUGAUUUGGAUGAUAAGGUUCGGUUUGGGAAGAAAGCCACUGAAAGACCUGGCUCUGCAGCAGGUAGGGCUGCUGUCUUUCCAGAAAGACCUGGCUCUGGAGCAGGCAGGGCCGCUGUCUUUCCAGAAAGACUGCCUUCUCAAGGAUCCUUUGAUGAGUCCAGAAGUUUCGAGUCUAUAGACAGACCUCGAUCACGUGGCACUGCAGAUGUAUGGAGUAGAUCCACUGAUGAUAGAAAACCAAUCCAAGUUGCCAGAGAUAGAGGAUUUUUGGGCAACAGAGACAUGGAGAGGUCGAGGGAUAGAUGGUAAGCUGCUUUGUGGAUACCAUUGAUUUACGAUCUACUUUGAGUAUUGGAAGCUAAUAAUACAUUGGUCUCACUUUUUACGAUGGUUCUUUUUUUCCCCCUGAGCUCUGGAAAUUGGAGCGAGAGUACUACUUGUCUGGUGCCAAACUUUUGUUACCCUUUCAAACGAUGUAAAAUUGCUAUUUCUUAUUUUUGUUGAAAUUGAAGAGCCUGUAUUAUUGUUAGGACUCAAAUUAUAACCAGACAGUUGGGAUUCCCUAGUUUUUUUUCCCUCUUGUAACAGUCAUUCUGUGUUAUACUAAUUUGGUUCAUUUUGCUCAUGGACAUGUCAAUCUAAGUUGAUUCAUUUGCA